UCGUUUGGAAAAAGGAAGAGAAUUCCAGGUUGCUGCUGUUUCCGACAACCGCCACGAAGAAAAUGCCAGGGCCAGGACCGCACCUCAUGUAUGCAAUGAGCUCUGGCAUAGCUCUGACGCACCUCACCAAGGGGCGUUUCACGCCGCACCACACCCUUAUUUACGCUCUCAACGCCUUCUUCGGCCCAGACAUGGGCUCCUUCUCCGAAUGGCUGAGCUCCACUUUCUUUGACGACAAUUCCGUUGUCUCGUCUUUAGCCGAUGAAAUCCAUCACCCUUUUUAUUACGUGGUGAUUCUAGGUUUUCCUUUAUGCGUUUUCUACUCCUGGCUAUCAAACGAAUUGGUGGGAACGAGGAUACUUGAUUAUGGUUAUGGGGUGCCACUUUCAAGGUUGCAGGCCUUAUUCUUGAUAGCAGCUGGUUCAUUAUCACACUUUUUCCUGGACCACUUAUUUGAGGAAGAUGGUCACACAAAAAUGUAUACUUGGAUAAUGAGCACCGGUUGGUGGAUAAAUCGAGCACCUAUCAACCCAGAUGCUGUCAUAAUAGUUGGCUUCUUAUGCGUUUGUUUGGUCGGCGGCUUCAUCUACAUCAACAGCCAAAUAUACUGGAUGAACCCUCGUCGGCCACCGGUUGGCGAAGAAGCUGAUCUUGGAGUUCUCGUAUUUAUGGCCAUCUACUUUCUUCUUCCUCACUGGCUCUGUAUUUUAUCCAUGGACCCUAUUCCUCUUCGCACACAACGCUUCCCUGUAUAG